AUGGUCCUGGAGUGUGUGGACGGUGACUAUCCAGAUCCGGGGGUGACCCGCAUCGGCGGGUCCUACUACCUGGUGGCAACAGGCGGUGGUCAAGCAGGUGCCUUCCGCAUGCUCCGCUCUGCCGACCUCAUCCACUGGGAGCCGUGCGGCCAGGUGUUCUCCUCAGAGAGCCUACCUUGCUGGAGUGGCGGCGCACAUGGUGAGAAGUGCGACUACUGGGCACCAGAGAUGCACCAGCUUCCUGAUGGUCGCUCCGCGGUCUUCUUCAGUGCCCGAGAGCCCUCGCCCGGCAGAGCGUUGCACAUAGGCGUCGCAACGGCGGAUCAUCCGGAGGGCCCAUAUCACGAUUCUGGACAGCCAUUGGUGAGCGACCCUCAUUGGGCCAUCGAUGCGACCUACUUCUACGACAAGGGUACCGGCAAGCAGUACCUGCUCUGGAAGAUCGACUUCAAUGCCCACAGCGUGCCAUCCGUCAUCAAGAUGCGAGAGCUCAAUGCGGCUGGCGUGGCCCCGGCUGAGGGCUCAGAGGCCGUGGAGUUGAUCUGCAAUGACCUCCCCUGGGAAGGCAAGGUGGUGGAGGGGCCCUUCCUGAUCCAGCGUGGCCAGUACUACUACUUGUUCUACUCAGGCGAGUGCUAUGCGAACCACCGGUACUGCGUGGGCGUUGCACGGGCAGAGCAGGUCACUGGGCCUUAUGAGAAGGCCGCCGCCCCUGUCCUUGCGAGCGGACGCGGCUUUGCGGGUCCCGGUCACUGUGUCGUCGUCGCCGCGCCUGGGGGGGAUGUCAUGGUAUAUCAUGCCUGGCCUGCAGACAGCCCUGGUGGUCGCGGUGCGCGGGGCGCAAAGCGACAGGUGCUGGCGGAGCGGGUCAUCUGGGAGCGCACCAUCGUGAGUCCCACGUUGAAGCGGUUAUCGCCGAUGCCUACGAGGAGCAGCUUGAAGCAUUGGAUCUUCAGAACUUCACGCGUAACUCCCAAGAUCUUCACGCGGAACUCCUUGGCUGUGGGUUCCAGCAAAGCUCAGGACAAGCUUACCGACUGGGGUGCUUACCUGGGCUAUGCGGGCAAGCUGACACCUUCCAAGGACGAGGCGUAUGUCAUCCGACCCGGCCUACGGCCUGGGGGAACGGUUAGCUUGGAGGCCAAGCCUGGAUUUCGGGCCGUUGCCCGCCCUGGUCACUUCAUGAGGCCGGAAGGAGAGCAGUCCGAUCAGCAUGAGUCCUUGCCCUGGCGCUCCACGUUUUCGCAUCGGUGUGGCAAGCUGGAGCCGCUCGGCAUCUGGCUUAGGGCGUGGUCGAACAACGCGUCUUGUGGCCUCUGCUACAUGGACGGCUCCAGUGCGGAUGCCAGAGAUGUUGCGCCAGCAGCCAGCAGUCGUGAAGCUCAGGCGCCGGGCGAGUGUCGCAUCUUUGAAAUCAAUGUGAAGCAAAUCGAUGGCUCGAGCACGCCAGUCACCGUCCGCUCCGGCCUCAGUGGCUGGGCACUAAAGGAGCUGCUGGCCGAAAAGCUCGGUGUACCUGCAGAAAGGCAACGCUUGAUCUGUCGGGGUCGUGCCAUACAGGACGACGAUCCGCUGGAUGCACACGUGACCCAAAAUGGCCAAACUCUGCACAUGGUCCAGCGCCCACUUGACCCAAUCCGCUCCGACAGCGGAGCCAGCGGAGCUUCAAGCAGCAACGCCCCGGCCCCUCCGGGGCCGGGUUUCCCUUUCAACCUCCCGGUCUUCCAGAAUGGACCACCACCAUUCGGCCCGCCGCCGCCGCCGCACGCGAUCCAUGUCGUGGCUCCCAUGCCGCACCCAGAGAUGCCACAAGGAAUUGGGUCGUUCUUUGCCGGCCCACAUCCUGGCAUGGCCAUGCCACUGGCAAUGCCGGGUCCCAUUCCGCAGGUGGUGCCGCCGAUGCCGCAGCCGUCCUAUGUGCCACCGGUGCUGCAGCAGCCACCGCAGGGCUCAGAAACCACACCUCCAGCAGCACCAGCAGCACGGCCCCAACUGCCUCAGACCCCGCAGCUGGGCCCACAGGGCCAGCCCCACAGCCAGCCGCAGGCCCCCGCAGGUCCUGAAGUGGCCGGCCUGGCAAGCAUGAGCGGACCGGUGAUGUUCGCACCCCCUGGCGCCGUGCGGGCCAUGCCGGUUCCGGUCAAGAGCCCGCCCAUCUUUCAGAUGCCAGGAGCUCCUGUUCACAAAGCGCCAGCACCCUUCCCCUACUAUGCCCCGCCCUUCGGCGUCGCGACGGCCGGACAAUUCAUGCCUGCCCACGCCGUGCCGAUGCCACCGCCGACGCCCGCGAUGCCCCCGUUUGCUCACUUCGCGCCUGUUCAGUCCUCGAUGCAAUUCUGGGUGCAGCAGGGAUUGGGCCACCUCGCUGCGGCCGAUCCCUUCCAAGGUCUGAUGCCCCAUCUCAUGGGACCGGGUGCCCCGGAGAUGGAGGAGAACGGCCUGGAGGGCCGCGGACCGCAGCCUCCUAUCCCUCCUUCACCGCGGGAGCGCGAGCCGCCCUCUCAUCUGCCCUGGCGCGAGAUCUGCCGUUUGCACUUGCACCUGUCGCGAGCCCUGGGCCGUCCCAGCAUGCCGCAGCUGACGCCACCGCCCCCCAGCAGCUUUUCGAAUGAGUUGAGCUACUACCUGUCCCUUCUUCAUUCAAGUACCAGCCAGCUGGGCGUGGCGAUCAGCGACAUCCAAAGGGCAAUGGCCGAAGACGGGCCUACGGCGAGGCAGCGAGCGAACUUCACCGACACCCUCUCCUCAGCGAGUCGCACGUUCCGCUCACUCCACCGCGCGCUGCGCAACGCCCCGCCAGAUGGCGAUUCGGCGCCAGAGUCCACAACCCUCCCGGACGAGGAGGGAGAGGAAGAGGAGCUGCCCAUGGCGCUCGAUGAGGAAUUACGUGACGCGGACUACGAAACAAGCGGCCGAAGCUUGUUCUCCGACGCAGACUCCGACGCAGCACGCCCUCGGCCACAGGCCGACCGACGCCAGGGAAGAAGGCGCGAGCCCUGGAACCUCGAUGAGCUUGAGAAAGAUGAUGAGGACGCCGGGGCUUUUGCCAACGCGUUCGACCGGGAGUUCCCCACGCUGUCCGACGUUCAUGCGGUGAACCUCUUGUGUUACGCCUACCACAGGGUCGUUCGGGCGACAGGCUUUGAUAGCAGCCCGCACAAUCCUCACGACUAUCCAUCCCACCUUCUUCACGGCUACAUCUUGGCCGUGCUGAACGACAUGGGCCAGAAUCUCGAUGGCAACAAUGCCUUUAGAUCAAUGCCAGAUGCGGCAAUCAGAUACCCGCACCUGCGAUGGCUCAUGGAUCUCUUACAUUAG